CUGACGGCCAUGACAGCUCAUUCAUCAUAGAGUGUAAAAAAAUGUGAACAUGUAUUUUAAUUAAAUCGUUUAAAAAGUAAGAAAAAUGAGCUUAAAAAUGAGUUAAAUCCGUUUUACGAACAGUCAACGAGACUAUAAAGUUGUUAUGCGUGUUAAAAUUGUGUUCGAUGGAAAAAAAAACAUAAAAUUACAUGUUAAAAGAAUCACUUGAAUUUUUAAUAGAGAAAAAAAGGCAGUUUUUCGUGACAAGCGCUCGUCUCAGAGUAAACAGAAAUGAACGUUGUAACAUUAGACAUAGACCCACUGAGCAGCUACGAGUACCCUUACGAUUAUGAAAACAUACCGGAGCCCUAUCCGUACGUGCAGGAUGUCAAAAACGAAUGCCACUACCAGUACGGGCAAAAUUAUCAACACACUCAGCAAAGUAAUGUCGUUGAAGACAAACCACCCGAAGUUCCUGCAGAGAAGAUUGUCGUUGAAAAGAAUGCUGACGAUACAGCGAAAUCAGAUGUCAAACAAGAUUUAAAACCAGUCUUAGAAGACGAGCAGAAGCCUAAAGCCAAGAAAAGCAAUUACUGGUCGAUUAAAAUCAAGGAGAAGAAUUUUUCUUUCUACGGCUGUGCCCUGUGCAACAUUAGUUACUGCGAACUCCAAAUGCUCGAUCAGCAUAUGACGACGCACAAGGACAGGCUGACCAGCUACGAUUUGAGAGUCAAGAAUCAAAUUAAACGGAAGAAAAUUAAAAAAGAAAAGAAGAUUAAGAAGAGGAUCAAAAUUGAGAAAACGGAAGACGGGAUAGAGAUAAAGCCAGAAGAGGGUUUUAUUGGUGAGGAGAAGGCUUCAAAUUAUAACAACGACAAGGUUAUGUCGGAUAAUGAUAAACAAGAUAAUGAUGAGCGUAAAGAUAACAAUGCUAACAGAACAAAGAAGAGAGUAGGCAAGAAAGUUGAGUUAUUGAAGAAGCAAUGUACAGAUGAUUUACAGAAAAUAUAUAAAUGCUUCGCUUGUGGAAAACAAUUCACUUUGAGUUACUAUUUGAGGCUACAUGUGCGUUCGCAUACAGAUGAAAAACCCUACACGUGUGCCGAGUGUGGGCAAUCGUUUAUAACGGCCAGCAAACUCGGCAGACACAAUAAACGGAUACACUUAGCCAUCAGAUACCAGUGCAGGAUAUGUUACAAGUUCUUUUCACAAUUUGACCUCUUGAAAAGGCAUUUCGAUAAGAAACAUGCUGACGACAAACUCGAAGGAGAACCAUAUGAUUACAACGCCAUCUUGCCGUAUUUGAAAGAGUUAGAGGAAGAAUUGAAGGAGAAGUCAGAGAAAGAGAAGCAGCUCAAAACCGAGGAGACUUGGCCCGAUCAGUGGCAGGCAGGUGACAAGAAACCUGACACUGACACUGUUGAAACUGAUAUGCUGAAUGUGAAUGUGCAGCAAGCAGAGGUCAAGACACCCCUGGAUGGAGUGGUCUCACCGCCGCGGACGGUGGUCGCUGACGUGCUGUACGGCGCGGUGAAGCUGGAGAAUGAAGAUGACAACAAUGAUGACGUCACGGCCGAUGACGUCACCGCCGAUGACUUGAAAGAUGAUAGCAACUCCGACGAAGACUAUUUCCCUUCAAACACUUGGGCGACUGUGUCUCCGGCCCAGAGUCCCCAGCCGGCUUCAAACCGACGCGCGAGUGGCAAGCUGACCUGUCAGAUCUGCAACAAGACCAUCAGCUCCGUGACGUACAUGAAGGUCCACCUGAGGACCCACUCCGGGGAGAGGCCCUUCAAGUGCUACAUCUGCGACCGGGGCUUUAUAACCUCAAGCAAAAUGCACAGACAUGUCCUCACCCAUAACGAAGAAAACGAAAUACAUAGUUUGGGAGAUGGCGCUGACGCGACCGGACUUAAAGAAGAGAAGCCAAAGAAAAAGAGAGGCAGAAUCAAAAAGAAAGAGAAGGCAGACCUACCGAAGAUCAAAGAGAAACACAAGAAGAGGCCGCACUCGUGUGAGUUCUGCAAUAAAAGGUUUUUGCAUCUGGCAACACUGCAAGUUCACAAGAAAUGCCACGAGGGAGAGACUUUAACGUACAAAUGCGAGUACUGCCUCGAGGACCAGCCCGACGAGGAGGCGCUCCGGCUGCACGAGGCCACGCACGGCGGGGCGAAGCCCUACACGUGCACCCUGUGCGGGAAAAACUACAAGAGGAAAACGACAAUGGUCCACCACCGGCAGCACCACCGCGCUGACCAGCCAGCGUUGAGCUGCCCUGCGUGCCCUAAGCGGUUCCACUCGGAGCGCAAGUUACAGCGGCACGCAGCGAGGCACGGCGCCGCCCGCUCCUCCCUACGCUAUGAGUGCCCGGUGUGCGCGCACAUGUUCCACACGCGGUACCACGCCCUCAUGCACCUCAAAAGCCACCUCAAGGAAGGAUUGAUCCAAGAGGAGAACCGGCCGGAGAUCGUGGCGAUGCUGCUGCAGAACGCGCGGCGCCUCCCGCAGGACCCCGGCGCCGUCCCCAGCGCCGCCGCGGACGACGAGCGCAGCCGCGUGUGCAACAUAUGCGGCGAGGUGUUCCAGCACUUUUACUAUCUGGAGGAGCACCUCAAGAGCCACGGCUCGAGAAUCGCCAUCGAGGACCUGGACCGGCCCGAGGAGAAGCGCUACACGUGCACCGUGUGCCAGAAGAGCUUUAAGCUGCACUACUACCUGAAGCUGCACGGGUAUACGCACUCGAAGGAGAAGCCGUACAUCUGCCAGCAGUGCGGCAAGGGCUUCAUUACGAAGGGCAAGCUGAAGCGGCACUUGGAGACUCACAGCGGCCUCAAGAAGUACCAGUGCCACAUCUGCUACAAGUUCUUCACGAGGCCCAGCUAUUUGAGGAUACACGUGAGGACCAUUCACGGCACGCAAGACUAUAAUUUCAAGAUCGACAAAAUCAACUCUUGGAGUCGCCCGGGCGGUCUGCCCCUCGCCAAUUAGAGGCGGCGUAACGUGGUUGUUGAUUUUUUAUUAUCGAAGUGAAACUUCUUUAGGGGCGCGUUUAGUAAAAUUUUACUCCCGACUUCGUUACGGCUAGAGAGAAAAGAUACAAUUUAGGAGGAGCGAGAAUGAGAGAACAGAUGUAGCGUCUCGCGAAACACUCAACCGUGGUGAGAGAGAGAGCGAGCUAAGUCGUUUCUCUCAUACAAAUUCUGUUUACGGACGUCGGCCACUAGAUGGCUCGUUAUUAGUUCCUCAUUGCUCCUGUAGAUGACAUUAACUAU